AUGGAGGACUCGGGACGAAUCAAUGUGACCAUGACUACGGGAGAGUACGAGCUCUUCAAGGAGGCCAAGAAGCGGGCGACCUCAAAAAAGCAGCAAACAACCGCCUCUCGACCAAAAAAGCUACCUGAGAAAGGGAAGUCUAUCAUCCCGCGCGAAGAAUGUCGGUCAGAACCGGAAGAGAAAGUGUCUUUCUCCUCCAAAAUCUUGGAAGAGAAGCUACCCAAAGGGUACCGACCCCCUGCUAUUGGGGAAUACAACGACAGCAAAGAUCCUGAAGACCAUCUCUGCAAGUUCAGGAACGCGACCCUGCUACAUCAGUACAACGAUGCCGUUAAAUGUCGCGUGUUCCUGAACACUCUAUCGAGCUCUGCCCAGAAAUGGUUUGAUGGGCUGCCACACGGGUCCAUCACCUGCUUCUCCGACUUUAAGAUUGCUUUCCUGCGCCACUUCGCCAGUAGCAGGAAGUACCAGAAAACCGACCAUUGCUUGUUCGCUCUCAAGCAAGGGUCUGCCGAGCCAUUAAGAAGCUAUAUCAAGCGCUUCAAUCAAGUGACCCAGGACAUUCCCUCGGCCACAUCCGAGAGACUCAUGAGUGCCUUCUCCCAUGGGCUGACUGAGGGAGAGUUCUUCAGAGACCUCAUCAGAAAUCCCGUAAGGAAUUUCGAUGAGAUGCUGGAGAAGGCAGCCAGCUACAUAAAUGUGGAGGAAGCGCAGGCGGCGCGAAGAAAGGCAGACAAGCCACCUCCCGCUACUAACAGACCAGAGAGAAGAGCACCUCAACUGCCUGCUCAACCUCUCCCACGUGCUCAGGACGCUCGACCGACUUUCCACCCUGGUCAGGACACCCGACCGGUACCACGUGUAGCCGCAGUCCAGAUCCCUCGACCUGGACCUUGGGGACCACGUUACUGUACUUACCAUCGGUCGCACACGCAUUCCACUAGUGAUUGUGCGCAAUUUGCAAGGGACUCCCGUCGUGCCGCUGAGCUGGGCUGCCACCCCCAGAGCUAG